AGAAAUUUUCAGCGGAGACAGCUGGGGGCAGGAUCAUAUUCCUUAAAUACCCCUUACUCCCCUUGCUCGUUUUACUUACGGGUUCGUUUACCCUUCUUACUCUCUGUCUCUCCUUGUCCCUUCUCUCUCACUCUCUCUCCUCUGUUCGCCACUUCCCGCCUAGAUCCAGGAAAAACCCUUGCUAGAACCCUAAACAUGCAUUGACUUUUCCUUUGUAUCGAAGGGCUUUUGGAUUUUCCCUCAAGAAAAAGGUGGAAUCGAGCCAAGAAUUUGUUGAAUAUCUGAUUAGUUUGAAAAAUUUCGGAACUUUGGGGAGCCCCUGGAAUCGCUUCUGAUCGCUUCUUCCCUCUUUUUUCUUCGAAUCAUUCGUGACUAGUGGAGCUUCGGAUUUGGGGUUGCUCGCGAUGAAUCCGUCGGAUGUCGCCAGGCGGCGACCCCAGGUGGCCGGCGCGAAGUUCUCCGAGCACGUGGUGGCCACGAGGAAGACGAUCCCGGCGGCGAAGGCCAACGGGAGGUCGAGAAGGCGGAGGGUGGUGAGGGUUUGGUUCACGGAUGCGGAUGCUACCGAUUCGUCGUCGAGUGAUGAAGAGAUCGGCGGCCGGGUCGCGCGGAGAAGAGUAAAGAGGCACGUGCACGAGGUCGGGAUCGAGGUCGACGCCGCCUCGUCGGCCCGGCGGAGGGCGGUGGCGGUGGCGAAGCGGGUGGAGCAGGCACCGGAGCGACCGGAGGGUGGGAGGAGGUUCCGCGGCGUGCGGCGGCGGCCGUGGGGCCGCUGGGCGGCGGAGAUCCGUGACCCGACGCAGCGAAAGCGGGUGUGGCUCGGAACCUUCGACACCGCGGAGGAGGCCGCUACCGUCUACGACAGCGCCGCGGUCCGGCUCAAGGGGGCCAAGGCGGUGACCAACUUCCCUACAAAGAAGGCAUCGCCACCCCCCGCUGUGGCGGCGGAGGCGGUGGCCGUCGACGGGGACGCGAGCAAGAGCAGCGGGAGCGGCGGCGGUUCCCCCGACGACUCUCACCCCUCGCCGACGUCGGUGCUCCGAUACGGCGGAGACGAGGCGCUGUUCGACUGCAUCGACGACGGCGGUGUGGACGCCUUCGGCUUCCGUUUCGAGCCGUCGUUAUGUCUAACGGACUUCUACUGGCCGCGGCCGCAAUUUUGGGAGGUGGACUUCGGCGAGUUGGACGCCGACGAUUUCUCGUAGAGAGAGGUCGCUAAUUUUUGCCUGAAAUGACGAUUUUACCCUUUCCUGGUUCGGCGAGUUUUGCUAGUAAAAGCGAGUGGCGGGAUUUUUAUAGUUUGUUAUUUUUAUUAUUAUUAUUUAUCAUAAAGAAGUCUCGUUAAUUUAGUGCAAGGAUUUUUGGGUGUUAAAGAGUGAAGUGAGAGUGGGAAAGGAGUGGCUUUCCGUGAGCCUCACGCUUCCACGUGGAAAAUACUGGGAGGAGGCUAUGUAAGACAAGUACAUUGUCUUUGAUUAUAAUAAAUACUUUUUUGGAGUCAAGAGGCAAAAAAAGAA